GUGGCCCCGCCUUUGAGGCGGGGCAAAGAAAAGCCGAUUUUGGCGGGAAUUGAAAGGUUGCUAGAGUGAAGAGAAGCAAUAAUGCAGGCAUUUCUGAAAGGUCCAGUCAGUGCUAAACCUCCCUCUACUAAAGAACGGGGAGCUGCUGCAACUGCAGGAAGCAGUGGGGAGAGCAAGAAACCCAGACCCGUUCCUUGGGUCGAAAAAUACCGUCCAAAAUGCAUGGAUGAAGUUGCAUUUCAAGAGGAAGUUGUGGCAGUACUGAAGAAAUCCUUACAGGGAGUUGAUCUUCCCAACCUCUUGUUCUAUGGCCCUCCUGGAACUGGGAAAACAUCUACUAUUUUGGCAGCAGCUAGAGAACUCUUUGGUCCUGAAUUGUUCCGGCAGAGAGUCCUUGAAUUAAAUGCAUCUGAUGAACGUGGAAUACAAGUCAUUCGAGAGAAAGUCAAGACUUUUGCCCAAUUAACAGUAUCAGGAAAUCGUUCAGACGGCAAACCAUGUCCGCCUUUUAAGAUCAUAAUCCUGGAUGAGGCAGAUUCUAUGACCUCGGCAGCUCAAGCGGCUUUAAGGCGCACCAUGGAGAAGGAAUCUAAGACCACACGAUUCUGCCUUAUCUGUAAUUACAUCAGCCGAAUCAUUGAACCGAUUACAUCUCGAUGUUCCAAAUUUCGUUUCAAGCCACUUUCCGACAAAAUCCAACGUCAGAGACUUCUAAACAUUGUUGAAAAAGAAAAUGUGAUGAUCAGCAAUGAGGGAAUCGAUUACCUUGUUCAUGUGGCAGAAGGAGAUUUGAGGAAAGCAAUCACACUUCUUCAGAGCGCUACACGACUGACAGGGGGAAAAGAAGUGACAGAGAAAAUUGUCAUUGAAAUUGCAGGGGUUGUCCCCAAAGAAAUAUUGGAUGGGCUGCUGAGUGCCUGCCAAAGUGGCUCUUUUGAAAAGCUGGAAGUUGUAAUGAAGAAUGUGAUCAGUGAAGGCUAUGCAGCUACUCAACUGAUAAAUCAGCUUCAUGAUAUCAUCGUUGACAAAGAAGACCUCAAUGACAAGCAAAAAUCUGUAAUUGUAGAGAAAUUAGCUGAAGCAGACAAGUGCUUGGCAGACGGCUCCGAUGAGUUCUUGCAGUUGAUCAGCGUCUGUGCAGUCAUGAUGCAGCAAAUAAUUCAGAAUAGCUAACUGCAGGGGACAAGUGGCCUUUUGAUGGCCAUCGCAGAUCUUUUCUCUGCAGUUUUGGCACAGUUUGCAAACUGUUCUGUAAAUAUAGACUUUGCUUUGGA